GCAAUGUUGUAAGGGUCUUUUUCAAUGAGGUAAGCGGCCCGAACAGACAGUGUUGUGCUUCCGGUUGUUUCCACACGUGUCGGAGGAUACGACGAUUCCUGAUUGAGCUUGACCAUGGUGUUCUUCUCCUGUAACGUGUGUAAUGAAGCCCUGAAAAAGAACCAGGUGGAAAAACACUGCAUGACAAAAUGUCGGAACUGUCAGUCAGUGUGUUGUAUUGAUUGUGGCCAGGACUUCUGGGGAAAUGACUUCGAGAAGCACACCAAGUGUAUCAGUGAAGACCAGAAGUACUCUGGGAAGGGGUAUGUGGCCAAAGUCAACAAGGGCGAGGCCAAGCAGGAUCGAUGGAUAGAGCAAGUCCAGUCAGCAAUAGACAACCAGAAGGGGGGCAACCCCCGACUACGAGGCACCCUGGAGAGCAUCAAGAACUAUCCCAACAUUCCACGAAAGAAGAACAAGUUUGAGAAUUUCCUGAUGAACAGCCUACGGAUCCGUGAUCCCAGUUUAAUCUCCCAGCUGUGGAAUGUGCUCAUGGAGGAGGCCAUCAAGAACAUGAACCAAGCCGCUCAAGACAAGCCGCAUGACAAUAAGUUAGCAGGUGGCGCUGUGCAAAAUACUGAAAAUACAAACGCUCAAAAUGGUGUCGGUGAAAAUGGACAUGCAGAGAAAGAGCAGAAAAUGAGUAAGAGAGAAAAGAAGGAAGAAAGGAGGAAAAAGAUGAAUAAGAAGGAGAAGAAAGACAAGGGUGAAGUGGAUGAUGAAGAUGAGGAAAUAACAGACGAGCAGGUGAAAAAGAAGAAGAAGAAGAAACGGAAACACGAGGAAGAGCAGGUUGAGGUGAAGGGAAAGAAGAGGAAGAGGGAGGAGGAAGAAGAGGUGGAGGAAGAACCAAAUGAGCCUGAAGAAGAAGAGGAGGAGGAACCUGUUAAGAAAAAGACAAAGUUUGACUGGGAAAAUGUCAUCACUGAAGUGUUGACGUCAAAAGGGGAAAUUGCAAUCAAGAAAUUGAAGAAGAAAGUGAUAUCCGAGUAUCUAUCACAGAUGGGGGCACCAAAGUCGGAGGAAAAGCUGUGGGCCAAGUUUGAGAAGAAAGUUUCCAAAAACCCAAACUUCAAAGUGUUCAAAGAACGUGUUAAGCUUGUAGCACAGACGUGAUACAAAUUUCUGUUUUAUGAUGAUAUCAAUAAGCCUACACUGUUAACAUGGCCAAUGAAAAAAUAACAUUUUUAACAUGUUUAGAUACAGAUGAGUUAUCUAAAGACUCGAGGCAAGAGUGUAGACUGUUUUAUGGUCAAAUUGAAUUUAUUUUUUUAAUAAGGGCAAAGGAAUUGUUAUUCUUAAUAAUGAUACCCAAAAUAUCAUGUUCAAAAUAAUUUAAACUUGAAGAUGUGGAAAUGUAUACCAUCAUGUUAUUUUGAACAGCUAAAUCCAUGGCAAUGGAGCCAAAGUACAUGAAGACUUUAUCAAGCUGGUCGACUUCUUAGCAGUGCUGGUAUACUGCUGAGCAUUGUAUCUGUGUAAUAGUGAGAAAUAAUUCUUGAGUGUACAAUGUAUCACUUUUGUUAAUUGUGAUAAAUACCCUGGACCCAUUUCAAUCUCUUUUAUCAUUUGUGGAUCCAGAGAGGGGUUGCCUGGUGCUCACCUCCAAAAAAACUCUCUUGCAUGUGUUUCUAGAGUCAUUAUUGACAAGGCCACAAUCAGUUGAAGGUCUAAAGGGAGGUAACUGUGUAUCACUGUUCUACUCCUGUCAUCUUUCACUAAACAUGCUAAAUGAUGUUUCUUUUACUUAUUUCUGAAAUGGAAAUAUUUGUUAUGUCGUUGAAAAGGAAUGGUAAUAAAGUUGUCUACAAAGAAGAAAAUUGUAUCA